AGUCUCCCCCUGAGCCACAUGAUCUAUUUCCCAUGUGACACAUUCCAGAGCCUUGGAAAGAAGGGAGGGGCACCAAAAGUGUGGGGCUGGGGGUGGUAAGAUAGUUUAACUGUCAGCCCUGUACAGCGUCAUCUUGUCUUCCUACCAGGAAGCAGGCUGGGAGCCAAGGGGAAGGCAGAGGACAGCUAUGAGUGCGUUUCCACGCUUUCCUGGUGGUUUAUGGCAUUCUCCAAACUCCUAUGCAAGGGCUAUUCCUGAUCAAGAAAACCCAAGGAGACCGUCUCUGAAAUCAAGUCCAGAUGAAGAACUAAGAGACAAACACUGAAUAUGGUUUUUGCUCACAGAAUGGAUAACAGCAAGCCGCCCUUGGUGACCCCUACACUUCUGGUGCCCCUUCAAAACCACAGCUGCUCUGGGACAGUGACCCUCCUGCCCAGCCGUGACCUGAUGUCCGAGGAGCGCGGCUGGAGGAGCAACAGCACAGACCUGCGGCAGGGACCGAGGGCCGGGGAAGUGGCCGCCGCCAGCAUUUUCUUUGGGACCCUGUGGUUGUUUUCUCUCUUGGGCAAUUCCCUGGUUUGUCUGGUCAUCCACAGGAGUAGGAGGACUCAGUCCACCACCAACUACUUUGUGGUCUCCAUGGCGUGUGCUGAUCUUCUCAUCAGCGUGGCCAGCACGCCUUUUGUCCUGCUUCAGUUCUCCACCGGGAGGUGGACACUUGGCAAUGCCAUGUGCAAGGUCGUGCGGUAUUUCCAGUAUCUCACCCCAGGCGUCCAGAUCUAUGUCCUGCUCUCCAUCUGCAUGGACCGGUUCUACACCAUUGUCUAUCCUCUGAGCUUCAAGGUGUCCCGGGAAAAGGCUAAGAAGAUGAUUGCAGCCGCGUGGGGCUUGGAGGCGGCCUUUGUGACCCCCGUGUUCUUUUUCUAUGGCUCCACCUGGGACAAUCGUUGUAACCGUUUCCUCCCUCCCUCUUGGGAAGGGACUGCCUAUACAGUCCUCCAUUUCUUGGUGAGCUUCGUGAUCCCAUCCGUCCUCAUAAUCUUGUUUUACCAGAAGGUCAUAAAGUACAUUUGGAGGAUAGGUACUGAUGGCCGAACAGUGAGGAGGACGAUGAACAUUGUCCCAAGGACAAAAGUGAAAACUAUCAAAAUGUUCCUCAUUUUAAAUCUAUUGUUUCUGCUCUCCUGGCUGCCUUUUCACGUAGCUCAGCUGUGGCACCCCCAUGAAAGAGACGAUAAGAAAAGUUCCCUUGUUUUCACAGCCAUCACAUGGAUAGCCUUUAGCUCUUCAGCCUCUAAACCUACUCUGUAUUCAAUUUAUAAUGCUAAUUUCAGGCGAGGAAUGAAGGAGACGUUUUGCAUGUCCUCAAUGAAAUGUUACCGAAGCAAUGCCUAUGCUAUCACCACUAGUUCCAGAAUGGCCAAAAAAAACUAUGUUGGCAUUUCAGAAAUCCCUCCCACGGCCAAAACUAUCACCAAAGACUCAAUCUAUGAUUCGUUUGACAGAGAAGCCAAGGAAAAAAAGCUUGCUUGGCCCAUUAAUUCAAAUGCACCAAAUACUUUUGUCUAAUUUCUCAGAAUUCUUUCAAUUGUUGUUAUGCACCCGAGAUUAAAAAGCUUUA